GAAGAGACGGCAUGACACUCUUCGGUCAGAGGAAUACCCCUAAAAAGCGGAGAAAGUCGAGAACAGCCUUUACCAAUCACCAAAUUUACGAACUAGAGAAAAGAUUUCUCUAUCAGAAAUAUCUGUCUCCUGCUGAUCGGGAUCAGAUCGCUCAGCAGCUCGGGCUCACGAAUGCUCAAGUCAUCACCUGGUUCCAGAACCGUCGAGCCAAGCUCAAAAGAGACCUGGAGGAGAUGAAAGCGGACGUGGAGUCGGCCAAAGCAGUAGGCUCUGUACCUUUGGAGAAAAUCGCCAAACUGGCAGAGCUAGAGAAAUGCGUCAAUGGCACUCUCGGAGAGUCAGGGGCCACGUCUCCAUCACGAUCUAACCACGAGCACGAGGGCACCAACAAACUCCACAUGUCACCAUCAUCACCGUUUACAGACCACACAACGAGCAAAGAGUGUUCAGAGGAUGAAGACGAGGAAAUUGAUGUCGAUGACUGA